AUGGAAGGCCGCCAUGAAGCUCUGCUGCUGCUCACUGAUACCCCGUCGACCUUUGCAGCGCUGAGGGAGACCUACGGCCAUGCCCUAUCAACCAUCCUGCCAGCACUGGCUGCAGCUUCAGGAGACGGCAAGAAGGACAGUCAGCCGGCAGUCCUGGACGUAGCUGUCUCUGUCUGUGGCAAGGGAAAGCCCUUUGGCCUGCUGCAGCGGUUCCUGGCUGAUUUCUACCGGCUGCUAGCUGCCGUCAGCGUUGCCGUCUCGGUCGAGCUGGACGGACCUGGAGGCGUCGAUGCCAGGGUCUUCUUCCUUGAACUGGACAGUCAAACUGAGCCUGAGCCCGGUGAUAGAUGCUCUUACGGUCCUAUCGUCAGCAUGAAGAGCUUGAUACGGUCUAAUAGGUCGUGGGAUACGGUAUAUCUGCCGUCUGGCUGUGAGAGUGUUGCCUCCUUUGCAGCCCUGCUCGCCGCAAGACAAACUGGCGACGGCAGGGUAAGGACAACGGAUAUCCGUACCCUGGAGCUGAAGGCAUCAGGAGACAAGCCAUUGAUAGGCCUUGUUUUGGAUCAAGGGAUAGCCCAGCCUGCUGCUGCGGUGCAUUAUUCCGUCGCCGUUGGAGGGACGUUUGACCACCUACACGCCGGGCAUAAACUACUUCUUACUGCAACAGUGCUAGCAUUAGAUACAUGUUCGCCCUCUGUGGCCCGGUCAGCACAGCGGGACGGCCAGGAGAAGCGUGCCGUUACUAUCGGUAUCACCGGUGAUGAGCUGCUGGUGAACAAGAAAUACGCCGAAUUCUUAGAGUCCUGGGAGGACCGUUGGCAAGGGGUCUGGCGAUUUCUCCAAUCUAUCAUCGAGUUCUCUCCUUCCAGUACCGUAGACGUCAGACGUGAAAAUGAACCUGGUCCCAAUGGUAGACGGGUUAUCGUCUCCUUGUCCUCAGACCUAGAGUUCAGGUUCGUCCAGAUCGCUGACCCGUUCGGUCCUACUAUCACUGAUCGCGAUAUCACCGCUCUGGUCGUCUCAAAGGAAACCCGCUCUGGCGGUAAGGCUGUUAAUGACGAGAGGCUGAAGAAAGGGUGGUCGGCUCUCGAAGUCUAUGAGGUUGAUGUUCUCGAUACUGCUGAUGGCGUGCCGGCCUCGCAAGACGGCUUUGAGACCAAGAUAUCAAGUACCGACAUCAGGAGGCGGCGGAUGAACCUCGCCAAGGGAAGCACUCUCUAA